AUGGCUGCUGCUCCAAGGGCACAGGAUCUCUUUUGGGAUCUUUGUGAAGAAACCACUUGUCCUGUUUGCCUGGAUUAUUUCAACAAUCCUGUGAUUUUAGACUGUGGGCACAACUUCUGCAGAGCCUGCCUGACCCAGACCUGGGAGAAGUCAGGCAACACAGAGACCUCCUGCCCUCAGUGCAGAGAAAUCGUUUCACCAAAGAAUCUCAGGACAAACCAGCAGCUAGCCAAUAUUGCAGAAAUAACAAAGAAACACAGUACUCAGGGGCCCAAGAAGGCAGAAGGCAAGGAGAGAGUCUGUGAGAAACACCAGGAGCCUCUCAAUCUUUUCUGUAAAGAUGACGAGACCUUCAUUUGUGUGAUGUGUGACAGAUCCAAGGAGCACAAAGAUCAUCGAACGAUUCCUCUCGGAACAGCUGCUCAAAACUACAGGUCAGACAUGGCUGCUGCUCCAAGGGCACAGGGUCCCUUGCAGGAUCUUURUGAUGAAGCCACUUGUUCUAUUUGCCUGGAUUAUUUCAAGGAUCCUGUGAUCUUAGAAUGUGGGCACAACUUCUGCAGAGACUGCCUGACCUGGGAGAAGCUGGACGACACAGAGAUCUCCUGCCCUCAGUGCAGAGAAAUCACUUCGCAAAAGAACCUCAGGACAAAUCAGUCACUAGCCAAUGUUGUAGAAAUCACCAAGAAACUCAUCCUUCAGGGACCCAAGAAGAAGACAAAAGGCAAGGAGAGAGUCUGUGAGAAACAUCAGGAGCCCCUCAAUCUUUUCUGCACAGAUGAUGAAACCUUUCUUUGUGUGGUGUGCAACACAUCCAAGGAGCACCAAGAUCAUAGAAGGAUUCCUCUGGGGAUGGCUGCUCUUGAGUACAAGGAUUUGAUGGGUGUACGUCAGGAUGAUCUAGUGAAGGAGAGAGAAAAGUUUCUGGUAUAUAAAGCAAAGACAGAAAAGGAAGCCCAAGACCUGCUUAAGCAGGCAAAAGCAAACAUUGAAAAAACAAUGGGAGAAAUCACAGAAAUACGGCAGUUUCUGGAAGAACGGGAAAAACAUCUCCGGGCUCAGAUGGAGGAGAUUGAGAAGCAGAUUGUAAGGAAAAGAGAUGAACACUUGGUCUUCCUUUCCCGGGAACUAUCUUCUCUGGAAAGUCUCAUCCAGGAGAUGAAAGAGAAAUGUCAGCAGCCACCAGCAAAACUGCUGCAGGAUGCAAGGAAGCUCUUGCAGAGGUUUGAGGAGAUGCAAACAUCCGAAAAGCCAGUGGUUUUUCCUCCAGAGCUGAAAUGGAAGAUCUGGGAGUUUUGUGAUCUAAAUUUUGGUCUAGUUGCUGCCAUGAAGCCAUUCCGAGUUGCUUUCCUAGAUGCUCUGUUACCUGGGCUAGAGCUUCAGAAAGGUUGCCAGAUCCGGAAUGAAAAGGCCCAGCUCCCCUCAUCGCCUGAAGUCAAAAAUACUGCUGUGACGGACCGAUUCGAGUUCCUGUUUCAACUGUCAUAA